GAUGUGUUGAUCAUCGUCAACCGUUGAUUCAAAUCCAAGGGUCACCACACAUCAGAACUUAUAUCACGGCAGAGUGCAAGAUAUAUAAAUUGCAAAGGAAGCCAAGGAAGAAGAAGAUGAAACCCAUUUCUUCUUCAGAAAUCAAGUACCCGAAGGAGGCGAUUUUGAUUAUCCCACAAAAAUUCAUAUAAUUCCUCAUCUUCGAAAAUUCAUCAAAAACUACGUGUUAUUCCUUUUCUGUAUGAGAUAAAGUUGUUGAAUUGUUGCUUUGGGUAUCGUAGGCGUUUCUAUUUAGGUUCGCACGGAGCACAAUUUAUCUACAUUUUUGAAGAACAAUCGAGCAGAUCUUUGUAUUUUCUAUAUGAAUCUGUAAUCUAGAGCUCGUAUUCCUGAGAAUUUUGGAUUUUAGAAAAAAGUUCUUUUGAUUGAUGGAGAAAAUAGAUAAAAGAGGAGGAUGUAAACAACAAGCAGAAACUACAACAGAUUUGUUUUUAAGAUGGGGUAAUAAGAAGAGACUUAGAUGUGUGAGAGUGAGAGAACCAGAUGAUACGACCGACACAUCGUUUGCCGUUUCCGGCCGCCGUAGGAUUCGCCGGAAAAUCAACUCUCAUUUUGUUACUUUUAGUUCCGAUAAUGAGAAUAGAGAACCAUCUCUCCAACCACCAUCCACCCGUCUCACAAGGACGGCUGAGGCAUCGAAGACUCUAAAAUCGGAAAGCAACCGGAAAUCUUCGUCGGAUAAAGAGGAUAAGUAUACGACGAGAGGGUGUGCGGUGGCGGGGAUGGUUGAGAAACCGAAGGUCUCCUCCCUAGACGGCGGCGGAGGAGUAGAUGAAGGUUGUUGUAAAAGCAAACAUGUAUGGCCAAAACUGUAUAUAGCGUUAACAAGCAAGGAGAAAGAAGAAGAUUUCAUGGCGAUGAAAGGUUGUAAGCUUCCUCAUAGACCUAAGAAAAGGGCCAAAAUCAUCCAACGAACUUUACUUUUGGUGAGUCCAGGGGCAUGGUUGACCGAUAUGUGCCAAGAGAGAUACGAGGUCAGAGAAAAGAAGAGUACGAAGAAGAAACCAACGGGAUUGAAGGCUAUGGGAAGUAUGGAUAGUGAUUCAGAAUGAUAUGUUGUAUAUUGAUUAUGUGGUUGUUUUGGAUGAAUUUUUGUAUAUCUUUUGUUUUAAUUUUAAAUCUCAAAUGAAAUUUAUGAUGUUUUUUUUUUCUUUUAUAAUGUCUCAAAUCUCCACGACAAGAUGUGCUACUCAUGUUGUUUUUUACAUGAUUCAAGUAUUCAACGUUUGACUUGAUAGAUGUUUUAUUAAUUAAUUUGUCAUCUAAAAAAUAUUCAUUUUAAUUGAUAAGUAAAGUGAAAAGUGUUUUGAAGGUUAAAUUUUUUUAAAAAAAAAUUGGUCAAUUAGAUUAGAAUUGUAAAACCAAUCUAAUUUUUAGGAAAUCAUAAAUAAGUGGGUUUCUAGUUUCCUAAUUGUAAUCU